UCUAAUUUUUUCCCCCAAGUCUGUUCCCUUUCUUUCUUCUUCCAAAACACACUCCACGAGUCCACGGUUUUCUCAAACCUGUUUGCCCUAGAUCCAUGGCUUCCAUGCCUAACCCACGCAUCUCUUGCUAAGUUCAGUGCGUCCCUUUUCUGUACUUUUUCCCUUUGGGUGCUGGGAAAGCCUUCUGGUGUUCUGUACUCAAGGUACCAUGCCUUGGAAUCCCACUUUCACAUGGUUCUGAGGAUCUCGGUAUUGUCUAAAUUUCCAAGCUUUAAUAUCUCCUGGAUUAGAAAUUAGCGUUGUGGUUGAGGAUGGUGGUUAUUGGUACUGAAGAAGAGGAUAAUAGGGAAGGAUUUUCAAAAUGGUAUUGAAGGGGUGAACAUUGAGAUUGAAACUUUAUUUUCUGGGAGGGGGGUAUAAUGGGUUGCAUGUGUUGCAAGCCCUCUGCCAUUGAUGAUAGUAAGGAGAGCCCAAGGGAACCUUUAUCAAACAAGGCUGUGCUGGACGCACAUGUAUCUAGGGGAACUUCAUCAAGGAGGGAGGAAGUGUAUCGGGUAAAGAAUAGAUAUGAUAACAAUGAUGGGAGAACUGCAUUGAUUGAUAAGCAAGGGCAAGGGAAUGGCCCUGUAAGAGUGCAAGGUGAUAGUUUUGAAAGGAAGAGUGAGAAAAUGGAAUAUGCUGUUGUUCAACAUCCCGGGAUCGCUAUUGUUCCGAAAGCCAUGGAAGGGGAACAGGUCGCUGCUGGAUGGCCCUCAUGGUUGGCAGCAGUGGCUGGAGAGGCUAUCCAGGGAUGGCUACCACGGCGUGCAGAUUCUUUUGAGAAGUUGGAUAAAAUUGGCCAGGGAACUUAUAGUAAUGUUUAUAGAGCUCGUGAUCUUGAACAAAAAAAGAUUGUUGCUUUAAAAAAAGUGAGGUUUGAUAAUCUUGAGCCUGAGAGUGUUCGCUUCAUGGCAAGGGAAAUUCACAUUUUGCGUAGGCUUGAUCAUCCAAAUGUCAUAAAACUUGAAGGCCUGGUUACAUCAAGGAUGUCAUGCAGCUUAUACCUUGUUUUUGAGUACAUGGAGCAUGACUUGGCUGGGCUAGCAUCACAUCCUGGACUGAAGUUUACUGAAGCCCAGGUUAAAUGUUACAUGCAGCAACUUUUACACGGACUUGAUCACUGCCACGACCGUGGUGUACUGCACCGUGACAUUAAGGGAUCCAAUCUUUUGAUUGACAAUAAUGGAAUGUUGAAAAUUGCAGACUUUGGUUUAGCAAGCUUUUUCGAUCCUAAUAAAAUUCAGCCACUGACAAGCCGAGUUGUCACUCUUUGGUAUAGGCCGCCUGAGCUUCUACUCGGAGCUACUUAUUAUGGCACUGCUGUAGAUUUGUGGAGUACAGGUUGCAUACUUGCUGAGCUAUAUGCAGGCAAGCCUAUAAUGCCUGGUAGAACUGAGGUGGAGCAACUGCAUAAAAUUUUUAAACUUUGUGGUUCACCUUCCGAGGACUAUUGGAGAAAAUCUAAAUUACCUCAUGCCACAAUAUUUAAGCCUCAACAACCCUAUAGGCGCUGUGUUGCUGAAACGUUCAAGGACUUUCCUGCACCUGCAAUAGAACUGAUCAAGACCCUUUUGUCCAUAGAUCCUACUGAUCGUGGAACUUCAGCAUCCGCGUUGAAGAGCGAGUUCUUCUCAACAAAGCCUCUGCCUUGUGAUCCUUCAAGCUUGCCAAAGUAUCCUCCUAGCAAAGAAUUUGAUGCCAAAGUACGGGAGGAAGAAGCUAGAAGACAAGGAGCAGCAGGAAGCAAGGCCCAAAGACAUGAUCCUGAGAGAAGAGUAAGAGAAUCUCGAGCAAUUCCCGCACCUGAGGCCAAUGCUGAACUGGUUUUGUCAAUGCAGAAGAGACGAGGGCUGACUAGUUCUCAAAGCCGGAGUGAGAAGUUUAACCCUCAUCCUGAAGAAGCUGCUUCUGGAUUUCCCAUUGACCCACCUAGACCAUCACAAGCUGUAGAAGCAAAUGCAGAUCCCCAGAUGCUUCAACAUAAAAGAGCCUCUCAUUCAGGUCCACUGACUCACCGCUCUGCAUGGGCUAAAGCUGGGAAGAACCAGGAUGACGUGCAAAAGAUUUCAGCCGGAGGUGACUUAUCAGCAGUUUCGGGCUUAGUCGCAGCCAGAAGGAGUAUGUUGUCUGAUGAUCGCAGAGAAAGGUCUGGAUCGUCACAAGCAGAGGCUCCAAAACUAAUUAGCAGGUUCCCAGGAUCUUUCAAGGAGGCUUCUGAUUCGUUGAUGCAAAAGGAUCAGAAGCAUCAUCAUAUACAUGCUUCUCAAAAUGAAGAAGGAAGAGGCAGCAACAAAGACUCAAAUCUUGUUGGUUAUGGAUCCAAGGGUUAUAAAAUUCAUUAUUCUGGUCCAUUGCUAGUUCCAUCAAACAACAUGGAUCAGAUGUUGAAAGACCAUGAUCGCCAAAUUCAGGAGGCAGUUAGAAGAGCGCGUCUGGACAAGGCGAAAAUGAAAAGACUUCAAGCUGACAAUUCAUUAUUUGUUUCUGGUCGUUAAGAUGUAGAGCCUAAUGCAGCAAAGCAUCAUUAAGAAUAUCUGAUUCUCCCCGUCCAUUCCCCCGUUUUUAUUUUUUAUUUUUCCUGUACAGCGAGUAAGUAUCCCUCGCACAAUGCUACUCCGGCCAUGUUAGGUAACUCUAUAGCUUAAAAAUCUUCCCUCUCACUUUAUUACAUCACGUCACCUGUUUUCUUUCCACUUACAGCUGCAAUUUAUGUGGUCAUUGUUGUUGUAAAGCUUAUCAGCCUUAAGCUGCAGAAAACUGGGGGCAAUGUCUUCUCUAUGUUUAACUUACUAUAGAGUAAUUAUCACUGGAAGAUUGCUAGAGAAUUAGUUGGAAAUGUCAACUUUCAAACUAAAUUGGAAGUAUUAUUUA